AAACCAAUUAGAAGCCCUAAAGAGCCCAGAACUCAGUUGUCAUUUUCCCGCUUCUCCCAGCCCUCAACUCCGUCGCUCUUAUCUCUCCCUCCACUGCCAUGGCUGACAAGAGGAAGCGCCGGCGAUCUGAACUCAAUCCCGACGAUGAAGCUCAACUUCCCUUCAAGAAUCGCCUCAAACCUGACUCCGCCAUUCUUCAAAUUAUCAAAGAGUUCGGCGACUGCUCCACCGCUCCUUCUUCCUCUUCAUCUAAAACCCUCGAAGACCUCGGCCUCUCCUCCACCUGCCGCGAGGUCACCGAUCUCUCUCUUUCGUCCGUGCAGUCCACAAUUGAAUCCCUGAUCCUCAAAAUUGCUCGCUCCAUUCUUUCCGGCAAUGGUUUUGCCUUCGACGUUCCUUCUCGAUCGGCGGCCAACCAGUUAUACGUUCCGGAGCUUGAUCGGAUCGUGCUGAAGGAUAAGACUGCCCUGCGCCCCUACGCCAAUAUAUCCACCGUCCGGAAAUCCACCAUUACUACUCGCAUUCUUCAGCUUGUCCACCAACUCUGCAUGAAAAACAUCCAUGUAACCAAGCGAGAUCUGUUCUACACAGAUGUGAAGCUCUUCCAGGAUCAGACUCAGUCGGAUUCGGUGCUUGAUGAUGUUUCUUGCAUUCUCGGCUGUACUCGGUCAAGUCUCAAUGUGAUUGCUGCGGAGAAAGGUGUGGUAGUGGGAAGACUCAUUUUCAGUGACAAUGGGGAUAUGAUCGAUUGCACUAAAAUGGGAAUGGGCGGAAAAGCCAUUCCACCAAAUAUUGAUAGAGUUGGAGACAUGCAGAGCGAUGCUUUGUUUAUACUCUUAGUUGAGAAAGAUGCCGCGUAUAUUAGGUUAGCCGAGGAUAGGUUUUAUAAUCGAUUUCCUUGUAUAAUUGUGACUGCUAAGGGACAGCCAGAUGUGGCCACGAGACUGUUCUUGAGGAAGAUGAAGAUGGAGCUGAAGCUUCCAGUGCUUGCGCUUGUGGACAGUGAUCCAUAUGGGUUGAAAAUUCUCUCUGUCUAUGGCUGUGGAUCGAAGAAUAUGUCGUAUGAUAGUGCUAAUUUGACUACUCCAGAUAUCAAGUGGCUGGGAAUAAGGCCCAGUGAUUUGGACAAAUAUAAGAUACCGGAGCAGUGCAGGUUACCCAUGACAGAGCAGGAUAUUAAGACUGGGAAAGAUCUGUUAGAGGAGGAUUUUGUCAAAAAGAAUCCUGGUUGGGUUGAAGAGCUCACUUUAAUGGUGAAGACAAAGCAGAAGGCUGAAAUUCAGGCAUUGAGCUCGUUUGGGUUUCAGUAUCUGUCAGAGGUUUAUUUGCCAUUGAAGCUGCAGCAGAAGGAUUGGCUGUGAACUAAGGGCUUGGUAGUGUGUAUUGUAAUCAAUUGUUGAAUUUCUGUUGGAACAUAAUGAAACUUGAGCAAUGAUCAGAUAUCGUUAUUUCUGACCGAA